CGUAUUUCACUCUCUCUAGCGUCGCUGCCGCCGCCGGAGUCGAUGCCUCUAGUCUAUACUUUUUUAUCCGUUUCUCCCUCUAUUUUGUACUUUACUUUCUCUCGUUCUCAACACUCAACAGAAAUUUCCGCGUUCAAAAAGAUCUAAAAAGAAAGAAGAAAUUGAGUGAAAUAAGAUGUCGAGUCGGCCUGAGUUGCAAGCCCCGCCGGAGAUUUUCUACGACGAUUCGGAAGCUCGAAAAUAUACUUCCUCUUCUCGUAUCGCUGAAAUACAGGCAAAGCUUUCUGAGAGAGCACUGGAGCUUCUCGCCUUGCCUGAUGAUGGAGUCCCGAGGUUGCUCCUUGAUAUCGGGUGUGGAUCUGGGCUUAGUGGGGAGACAAUAACUGAGAAUGGUCACCAAUGGAUUGGUUUAGACAUUUCUCCUUCAAUGCUUAAUGUUGCUUUGCAAAAUGAGGUUGAGGGUGAUUUGUUACUUGGUGAUAUGGGCCAGGGCUUAGGACUUCGACCUGGAGUUAUUGAUGGUGCUAUAAGUAUUUCUGCUGUUCAGUGGUUGUGCAAUGCUGACAAGUCCUCUCAUGAGCCAAGAUUGAGGUUAAAGGCAUUUUUUGGAUCAUUAUAUAGAUGCUUAGCUAGGGGAGCAAGGGCAGUGCUCCAAGUAUAUCCCGAAAACCUAGCCCAACGUGAGCUAAUUUUGAGUUAUGCAAUGCGAGCUGGAUUUGCUGGUGGUGUGGUUGUUGAUUACCCGCACAGUACCAAAAGGAGAAAAGAAUACCUUGUCCUCACUUGUGGCCCGCCAUCCCUCAGCACCGCCAUUCCCAGCGGAAAAGGUGAAGAUGGAGAGAGUUGCUCCGAUGACGAGAGUAGUGGAGAUGAAGAAAACCAGACGGUUAGCAUUUCGGACAGGCAUAGACCCAGGAAGAAGCAGAAAAUAAACAAGAGAGGCAAGGGCAGAGAAUGGGUGUUGAGGAAGAAGGAACAGAUGAGAAGGAAGGGGAAUGCUGUGCCCCGAGACACCAAGUACACGGCUCGAAAACGCAAAGCUCGCUUCUGAUGGCUACGGUGUAAUAAUCUGGAAUGCAUCCGUCGAGGAGUGUUUUAUUAAGUUUUGGCGAUGAACUAGUUUGCAUGGUUCAUGUUUUAUAAUCUAGAACUCGUGGAAACCACAACGAACCACACCAUUUGAAAAUCAUAGUAAGUUGUGGCUAAUGCAUGGUUUUUGUUACUGUUUUGAUUUUACGAAAAUACAUAUAUAUUAUUAGUUGACCA